AUGCAUAAUGUGAAAGUGACAAGUCUUACAAGUGGCCUUAUCCCAAUUCCAGAAAUUCCUCCACCGGAUUCUUAUUUUAUAUACAAUCCUAAAGUGCCAGGAAACAUGCCAACUCAAUCCCUGUUGGUGUAUAUGGAUGGACCAGAAGUUAUUGGCAAUCCCCUUGGCACCCAGAUGGAGCUAGAUGAUGCCAUGUCAAUAAAAGGGACCACCGCUGUUCCUUUCAGAGCAACGCAAGAGAAAAACAUCAUCCAAAUAGAAGGAUAUAUGCCCUUGGACUGCAUGUUUUGCAAUCAGACCUUCACACAUUCAGAAGACCUUAAUAAACAUGUCCUAAUGCAACAUCGGCCUAUCCUCUGUGAGCCAGCAGUUUUGCGCGUUGAAGCGGAGUAUCUUAGUCCUCUUGAUAAAAGUCAAGUGAGAACAGAGCCUCCAAAGGACAAGAAUUGCAAGGAAAAUGAAGAAUUUAGCUGUGAAGUAUGUGGGCAGACAUUCAGAGUGGCUUUCGACGUCGAGAUCCACAUGAAGAAACAUAAGGACUCUUUCACCUAUGGGUGUAACGUGUGCGGAAGAAGAUUCAAGGAGCCCUGGUUUCUUAAAAAUCACAUGCGGACGCACACUGGCAAAUCCGGGGCCAAGAGCAAACUGCAGCAAGGCUCGGAGAGCCCGGCAACAAUCAACGAGGUGGUACAGGAGCACGCAGCUGAGAGCAUCUCCUCUCCUUACAAAAUCUGCAUGGUUUGUGGCUUCCUCUUUCCUAAUAAGGAAAGUCUCAUCGAUCACAGGAAGAUGCACACCAAAGAAUCUGCUUCCGGCUCCAGUAGUACACAAACAGACUCUCAGCAGGGGGGGAUGCCAUCUCCGGGGGAAGAGUUCCUGCAGUUUUUAAACUUGAGACCCACCUCUCACCCCGAAACCGGCAAGAAGCCCACAAAAUGGAUACCUCAGCUCGAUCCAUUCACCACCUACCAGGCUUGGCAGUUGGCUACCAAAGGAAAAGUCGCCGUGUGCCGAGAAGUGAAGGAACAGCCGGGCCAAGAAGGAAGUACCGACAAUGAUGAUUCGUGUUCAGAAAAAGAGGAGCUUGUCGAAAUCUGGAACGCGAGUAAGAGCCAUUCCGAAGGUUCUGGAAAGUCCAAGACAAGUAAAAGCAGUUGCGCAGGCCUCGCACAAGAUAAAGAGAAGCCCAGACCCUCCAGUGGUGAAGUGCCUUCCGUGGAAGCGGACCCAAAGUUGUCCAGCAACAAAGAGAAGCCGACGCAUUGCUCGGAAUGCGGCAAAGCCUUCCGCACCUACCACCAGCUGGUCCUGCACUCCCGAGUGCACAAGAAGGACCGGAGGGCCGAUGCCGAGUCGCCGACCAUGUCAGUUGAUGGAAGGCAGCCUAGGACGUGUUCUCCAGACCUCACCGCCACCCUGGAUGAGAACGGAGCCGUAGAUCGCGAAGCUGGUUCUGAGGAUGGAUCUGAGGACGGACUUGCGGAAGGGCUCCAGCUGGAUAAAAAUGAUGAUGGAGGAAAAAUAAAGCAUCUUACGUCCUCAAGAGAAUGUAGUUAUUGUGGGAAGUUUUUCCGUUCAAAUUAUUACCUCAAUAUUCAUCUCAGAACGCAUACAGGUGAAAAACCAUACAAAUGUGAAUUCUGCGACUACGCCGCGGCCCAGAAGACAUCUCUUCGCUAUCAUCUGGAGAGGCAUCACAAGGACAAGCAGAUCGAUAUUGCCGCCGAAGUCAAGACCGAUGGGAAAAACCAGGAGACCGAAGAUGCACUACUAGCCGCCGACGGUGCGCAAACCAAAAAUCUGAAAAGAUGUUUUGAUGGUGCCAAAGAUGUUAAAGGCAGCCCACCUUCAAAGCCACUUAAGGGGAUGGCCUCUACCUUUCAGAAUGUACUGGGCAGCACUGUCCAGUCAGCAGUACACAGAGAUACUCAGGAUUUCAAUAAAAAUGCAACUGAUGCCGGUACUGAUAAAAUGGGCAAAGCUCCUGCCCCCGCGAGUUUGGACGUGUUCCCGAAGAGAGCGCCAGGUGACCCUCAGCCCCCCGAGCCCGCGCGUAGGCCGGAGGCGGGGGUCCCUGCGCGCGCGGACGGCAGUGCGGCCCACGGUGCUGACGGCGGCCCCAGGGAGGAGCAGGUGGGCCCCGCGGCCGACGGCAAGCACAGGGCCGGCGGGGACUGUCAGGAGAAACCGCUGAACCUGUCCCUCGGGGCGCUUCACGGCUGCCCCGCCAUUUCUCUGAGCAAGAGUUUAAUCCCAGGGAUCACCUGCCCGUUUUGUACCUUCAAGACCUUUUAUCCGGAGGUUCUGAUGAUGCACCAGAGACUGGAGCAUAAAUACAACCCCGACAUCCACAAAAACUGCAGAAGCAAGUCGGUGCUGCGCAGCCGGCGGACCGGCUGCCCGCCCGCGCUGCUGGGGAAGGACGUGCCCCCGCUGGCGCACUUCCCCAAGCCCCGCUUUUUCCAAACAGGAAAAAGGCCAGUGUCGUACCAACACUUGUCCAGCAGCAUGCUACAAAAGAGAAACUAUGAGAAUUUUAUUGGAAAUGCACAUUAUCGACCAAAUGACAAAAAAACUUGAUUUCCUAUUUUGUCUAAGAAAGGUCUUGAUGGCUGUGUGUACUGUCCGUGAAUCGAGUUCGUCCAUCCUUUGAGAAAGCAGACGGUGGAAGCCCGUGAAAUAAUAAGCUGUGACCGUGCCGUGCAUGUAACACACCAGGAACACUACGGUUUUGUGACGUUGUUCUGUUAACUUUUGUACCAAAUAGCAAUAAAAACUAUAGUUGCAA